CAACAUUUUCUCAAAAUCAGUCAAAUGUAAGUGUUUCUUUGUCACCCACUUGAACACAUGUAACAGAAUAAAUGUGUUCCAAUUUCAGUGUUCACAUAAAGGGGUGAGAAAAGUGGGAUUGUGUACAGGUGGUGAGCAGCUGAUGAAACCUUUCGGGGUUAAUUUUUGACCACACACGUUCUCCUCUGGUUGUCAUGUUGUCAGUGGUAAAUGUGGGUUCAUAUUUUGGUCUUAAAUAGGGCUUACUGCUGUGUAUAAGUCCAUCUCUUCUGCAGAAUGUCUUUCCUGUGGCUGUUGUCCUGUUUUGCCUUUCUUAAUGCAGCCUAUGGCUGCGGUGUUCCUGCUAUCCCACCUGUUGUUAGUGGCUAUGGCCGCAUCGUAAAUGGUGAAGAGGCAGUGCCUCAUUCAUGGCCCUGGCAGGUGUCUCUGCAGGACGCCUUUAACUGGCACUUCUGUGGUGGGUCUUUGAUCAAUGAGAACUGGGUUGUGACUGCUGCUCACUGCAGUGUCAGAACUAGUCACCGUGUGAUCCUGGGAGAGCACAACAAGGCAAGUACUCAGAAUCAGGAGGACAUACAGACCAUGAAAGUGGAGAAGGUGUUCACCCAUCCCGCGUGGAAUCCAAAUACCAUCAACAAUGACAUCGCCUUGGUGAAGCUGGCCUCCCCCGCCACUCUGAAUGACCACGUCUCUCCGGUCUGUCUUGCAGAGACUACUGAUGUAUUUGCCCCUGGCAUGACCUGUGUGACCUCUGGUUGGGGAGUGACCAGAUAUAAUGCUCUGUUUACUCCAGAUAAACUCCAGCAGGUUGCCCUGCCUCUGCUAUCCAAUGAGGAAUGUAAGAACUACUGGGGAAGCAACAUCAGUGAUGUUAUGAUUUGUGCUGGUGCUGCUGGUGCCUCCUCCUGCAUGGGUGACUCUGGUGGUCCUCUGGUGUGCCAGAAGGAUAACAUAUGGACACUGGUGGGUAUUGUGUCCUGGGGAAGCAGCCGCUGUGACACCAGUAUACCCGGUGUUUAUGCCCGUGUCACAGAGCUCCGUGCCUGGGUGGACCAGAUUUUGACCUCCAAUUAAAAAAGAAUGUACUGUAUGUAGAGAUUUCCUGACAACAAUGAACAGCAUCUUUAAUAUUACAAAAUUAAUUUUAUAGUAAAACAUCUGUAAAAAAGGAACAGUACAUUCCAAAAUGAAACAUUAUGUUAUUAUUAACCCAAAUGCCAUACAAAUGUAAUAUCACUGCUGUCCUUAUGAAACCUCAUAUCUCCAUAUUUCGUUAUUUUUGUUUUUUUGCCAUAAAUAAUUAUUAUUAGUCACCCUUUAUGUUUGUCACAUGGU